AAACCAAGUCCACACCACCCACUGCACACCAAAGUCUGAAAGCAAACUCGCACCAAACUGUUCCACCAAGAUCCAACCUUUUCACCCUUGAAUCUCACUCAAAAAGGCCUCACCUUUCUUUUCUCUCCUUCCCCAAUCCAACCCCAAACCCAAACCCACCUCCCAGCUCCUCUAAUUCUCCACUGGUCUCUCCCAGAUGGGUUCCCAGCUCGGCUCCGAUGCACUACCCGUGAAACCCUCCCCGAUCCCAACCCAAGAGGACGACACCCCAAACCCAUCCGCCUCUCUCCUCUCUUUCAACACAGCCUCCACCAUUUCACCCUCAACCCCUUCCUCCCACAAACCCACCAUCAUCUUCAUCUCCCUCUUACUCACCACCUGCGUUGCUCUCUCCGCAGCUUUCGCUUUCGCCUUCCUCUUCUUCUCCAACCCCCCACCCUCCUCCUCCACCCCACCCACCUCCACCUCCACCACCACCUCGCUCGACUCCACGGCCCGCCCUCUGUCCAAACUCACCCACCCGGUCGUCAUCCUCGUCUCCUCGGACGGCUUCCGCUUCGGCUACCAGUUCAAGCUUCCAACGCCUAACAUCCACCGCCUCAUCGCCAACGGAACCGAGGCCGAAACCGGUCUGAUCCCGGUCUUCCCAACCUUAACAUUCCCAAAUCACUACUCUAUCGUCACCGGUCUCUACCCGGCCCACCAUGGAAUCGUCAACAACUACUUUGUGGACCCCAAUACGGGAGAGUUCUUCAACAUGGGCAGCCACGAGCCCAAGUGGUGGCUCGGCGAGCCGCUGUGGGAGACUGUGGUCAGCCACGGCUUGAAGGCUGCGACUUACUUCUGGCCCGGCGCUGAGGUAAAGAAAGGUGCUUGGACUUGUCCUGAGAAGUUUUGUCAGCAAUACAAUUCGUCUGUGCCUUUUGAGGAGAGGGUGGAUACGACUUUGGGGUUCUUUGAUUUGCCUAGUAGUGAGAUUCCGUAUUUUAUGACAUUGUAUUUUGAGGACCCGGAUCAUCAGGGGCACCAGGUUGGCCCUGAUGAUCCGGAGAUUACUGAUGCCGUUGGUAAUAUUGAUAGGAUGAUGGGGAGGUUGAUUGAGGGUUUGGAGAAGAGAGGGGUGUUUGAGGAUGUGACGAUUAUUAUGGUUGGGGAUCAUGGGAUGGUUGGUACUUGUGAUAAGAAGUUGAUUUUUUUGGAUGAUUUGGCGGAUUGGAUUCAGGUACCGGCGAGUUGGGUGCAGUCCUAUAGUCCUUUGCUCGCGAUUCGCCCGCCUGCAGGGGUUGAUACCGCGGAUGUGGUUGCUAAGCUGAAUGCGGGUUUGAGUUCGGGGAAGGUUAAGAAUGGGAAGAAGUUGAAAAUGUAUCUCAAGGAGAAGCUUCCUAGUCGGCUGCAUUAUGCGGCGAGUGAUAGGAUUCCUCCGAUUAUAGGGUUGGUUGGGGAGGGGUUUAAGGUGGAGCAGAAGAGCUCGAAGAAGCAAGAAUGCGGAGGAGCACAUGGCUAUGACAAUGCUGUGUUUUCCAUGAGGACCAUAUUCAUCGGCCAUGGUCCUCAAUUUGCAAGAGGGCGCAAGGUUCCUAGUUUUGAAAAUGUCCAGAUAUACAACUUGGUCACCAAGAUUCUCAAAAUCCAGGGCGCGCCUAACAACGGAUCUGACUCUUUUCCAAAUUCUAUUCUUUUGCCUAGUGUUUAGAAUCAUUCUCCCAAUUCAUGGAGCCUGCUUCUUCAAAUCCAAGCAAUGGUCCGGAAAAUUGAAGUAUCUUGAAAUGGUUUGCUCGUGUGCUAGCUCUACAAGGUCACAAAUUUUGAAGAUUAUGGCUCCCACAAGCUUAGCUGCUGAGGCUCUUAUUGCAUUGUCUAUGAUUCUAGGUAUGGCAUUAGUCCAUUUAUUUGCUUCUUUCAUAGGAGCAGCAGAUGUAAGAACCGAACAACUACUGAAGUUAUGACUCGAGCUUCUUGUAUAUGGACAUCAUGUGGUAGAAUAAUACACUGUCCGAACAUGUUUCGUGUAUAUCAUGUUGCAAUGGAUACAUUCUGUCUUGCUUAAAAACAUGUCUCAACUUAUUAUGAUCCUUUUUUCAAUC